GGGCAGGAAAGGGGGCGGGAGCCAGGGAGGGCGAGGCGGCGGCCGGGCCGGGAUCCGCGCACACCCUCGGCCGCCAGGAGCCCUGUGCUCCCGCGUGCGGAGACUGGGGAGGCCCGGCACGGCUCCGUACGCCAACCGCGAGCCGCCGGCGCAGGGCCCGAGGCGGGGAGUGGCAGCAAAGGACAGCUCUCCUGACCUCGCGGCCGGCAGAAGGACACGCGACCCGGGCACCCUAGCGCACGCCGGCCCCGCUGAGCCCAGCCUCCCCGGGCCGCCCCGCUGCGAGCGCUGACCGGCCGGGUCCGGCCUGCUCUGGCCCGUGGCGUUGUCGGUCAAGGGCAGGAGCAGGGGGUGUGAACUGCGGGCCGGCAGGCGCGGGGGAGGCGGGAGGCCGGGGCUCUGGGGCUUUCCGCGCGGAACUUUGGGUAUAACAGCGUGGACCUGCGCGUGUGCAUCUGCGCGCCCGAGGCUUUGUGUACUACGAGUGCGUGUGUCUAUCGACUGGGUUUGCGAAGCUUCACCCAGCCUCGCAGUGUGUCGGGCUCCCGGCUGCCAAGGGGCCAAGGGAUGAGCUGGGGCCGUUCUUCCCAAUGGCAUCUCCCCCUGGCCUGGAACUGAAGACACUGAGCAAUGGCCCCCAGGUUCCAAGGAGACCAGCCCCACCCGGCCCAGUGGCGCCAACCAGGAUGGGUGUGGAGAAUGCCUGCUUCUUCUCUGAGGAGCAUGAGACUCGUUUCCAGAACCCUGGGGAUGCCAGACUGGGUAGCUCUCCCAGUCCUCCUGGAGGUGUCCCCUCACUGACCCGGUCCCAGCGGGAUGAUCUUUCUCUGCAUUCAGAGGAGGGGCCGGGCCUGGAACCUGUGAGCCGCCCAGUGGACUAUGGCUUUGUUUCUGCUCUGGUUUUCUUGGUGAGCGGAAUCCUCCUGGUGGUAACAGCAUAUGCCAUCCCUCGAGAGGCCCGAGUCAACCCUGACACAGUGACAGCAAGGGAGAUGGAACGCCUAGAGAUGUACUACGCCCGCUUGGGCUCGCAUCUGGACAAGUGCAUCAUCGCGGGCCUGGGGCUGCUCACAGUGGGUGGCAUGCUCCUGUCCGUGCUGCUUAUGGUCUCUCUGUGCAAGGGCGAGCUGUACCGCAGGCAGACCUUCGUCCCUGGCAGGGGAACAAGGAAGACCUACGGCUCCAUCAACCUGCGUAUGCGGCAGCUCGCUGGGGAUGGGGGCCAGGUCCUAGUGGAGAACGAGGUUGUCCAAGUCUCAGAGACCAGCUAUACCACACAGGGCUCUUAAGUAAGAGCCUGCCCUAUCUUGCUGCUUUAGCUGCAGAGCUUGGAGGGUCCCCAAAACCUGGGGCUUCAAAGUGGGAUCCACAGAGGGUCCUGUGGAGGGAGUUUUGAUGCGGGGGUGGGGGCAGCCAGGGUUCUGGCUUAGGCCCUACUAAGGCAAGCAUCCCUGAUGUGUUUUGCAGCUUGAAGUUUUUGCAUAAGGCUUUGUUUGGAGGAUGGGUUCUGAUGCUAAAAAUACAUUUUUGGAAACCACUGCUCUUA